AUGUCCACUCGGCCACUCCCUAUACCACGAGAGCUUAGAGCGAUCAGGAAGGAAAUCAUGAUCGAGGUGGUGUUGAACGAUCGGCUGGGGAAGAAGGUGAGGGUGAAGUGCAACGACGACGACACCAUUGGAGACCUCAAGAAGCUCGUCGCCGCGCAGACCGGCACCCGCGCCGACAAGAUUCGGAUCCAGAAGUGGUACACCAUCUACAAGGAUCACAUCACCCUCAAGGACUAUGAGAUCCACGACGGCAUGGGCCUCGAGCUCUACUACAACUAG